AUGGUUACCGCGACCAGACGCUCCAUUCUCUCGCAGCCGGAAGACACUCCAUCCAGGAAUGGCUCGCCAGUCGCCAAUGGGAAGAGGAAAAACAGUCUAGCGGCGACAGAGGCAGUCUUCGAGCCCACGCCGAAGCGACGGAGAGGCCCAAGCAAAGAGGACUCGGAUUCUCAAGCAAGCACACCGCAGCCCGACGGAGUGCCCAAGAAACGGUAUCAAGUGCUCAAGGCCGUGGAAAUCAGAACUACAAGCCGCUCAGGAACCAGAGAAUCGUCGAUUGCCACACCUAGAGAGCCGGUAAAUCCUGAAGAAAUAUCCCUCGCUUCGAGGCCGAAACCGAAAACCGCCCAUUUACGCUUUGAUAGCGAAGAACCGCAACCGGAACCUGUUGAAGGGCAGGAACCUGAUCUGAAGCAAAAAGACGCGGAGCCUCAACAACAGAUAGAUGAAGAUAGCGAUGAUGAUGAAGCACCAGAGGCCGUGAGCAAUACAAAGCAGCUGCAAGAAUUGAAAGAGGCCGAACGUAAGAGAGAGGAAGCGACGCAAAGACAAGAGCAGCUCAAAAAAGAAAAGCGACGAGAGCAUGAAAAGCGCCUUAAACUCCAAGCAAAACCGAAACCCACUCCCCUUGUUCACCCGAGCAAACCAACCACCACCCCGAAACAGGAAGAUAUCCUUUCAGAAAGCUCAGCUACGCUUCAAGGUUCCGAAAUCAGGGCACCUGACUAUUCGUCUAUCCUUCCCGCAUCCCUUCCCAAAUUUCUUCCUGAUGAAAUUCUACUUGCUGAGCCCUCUAUCCGUCCGCCCACACCACCGAGAGAAACCGAAAAGCAACCUGCUGCGUUAAGACCAUCAGGAAAUAAACUUCGAUUCUUAGACACAAUUGAAAAGAAACCGAAGGAUGUGAAACUUGGCUCAAUGUCCGUCCGCGUCCUUGAUGGCACCGGAAGCGCAGCCAGCAAAAACAGUUUUCAUAACGCUCUUGCUCCCAAAGCGUCAAAAAAUAGCCGCAUUGUUCGGGAAAAUUGGAUGGCUGGCAAUCGGAAAGGAAGCGCGGCCGUCAGUGGGAGCUUAAGGAGGACCACAGGGGGUUCAUCGGGCUUCUUGAGGAAAUAA